GGGUAACAAACAGUAAUUGUAGAAUUCAAGAAAUAACCACAUACACUAGCAAUACAUAAUUAUGCAAUUGUAGAUGAUUGGCUUAUGAUAGUUUCACAACAAUGAGCUGUAGUUUCACACGCCGUCUUCUCAACCCUUACCCUUAAUAUUAUUACAUUACACCCUCAAUCUCAUUGCAGUAAUAAUUUUUAAUCUCAGACAUUCACAACACAAGCCAUCUCCUCUGUCUUUUACAUUUGUUUUGUUGCCUAACAAUACCCAACAAAAUAUCAAACUUCAAAUUACAAAAUUGUUUUGAGGGUUCUCUUUAUUUCCUUGUUGUUGCCUAUCUGAAUUUUCCUUUUUAUAAUCUGCUGAAGUUUCAUUGAAGUUUCUAUUACAUAAAUAAACUGAUUUGAAAAGGGUUUGCUGGCAGUUUCAUAAAGGCUCGAGCUUUGGUCGGAUUUUGGAAUGGUUCUCUGUAAUGUAUUUCUAACUUGGUAGUUUAAUUGGCUGUUUAAAUUGGUAGCCUGUUCUGGGUGAAGUUUAGAUUACAAAUCCUUAAUCUUUCCUGUGAUUUGUGUAGUUUUUUUACUUGUUUGAGGGUUAGGGUUUUUGAGGUUAAUAAGGAUCGGUUUGUUAGUUAUUUGUGCUUUUGUUAUAUACAAUUUUAGUUUGACGAUAAUGGGUUUUGUUACCUGGUUAUAGAAUUAGACAUCUGAGGUCUUAAAGAGUGUUUCUUUGUGAUUUGAUCAAGAUAUGAGUCGUAGGGUGCGGCGAAAAGUGGCGAACAGGGGUACGGAGAAGGUGGUUUUACCUUGUUUCCCUGAAAUUGAAGAUGCGGUUUCGUGUUCUGAUAGGAGUGAUGAUGUUGAUUGGACUAACUUGCCUGAUGACACAGUAAUUCAAUUGUUUUCUUGUCUGAAUUAUCGGGACCGUGCAAGCUUGUCAUCAACGUGUAAGACAUGGAGGGCUUUAGGUGUUUCUCCAUGCCUGUGGACUUCGUUGGAUCUCCGUGCCCAUAAAUGUGAUGCUGCCAUGGCAGCUUCACUUGCUUCUAGAUGUUUACAUCUUCAGAAGUUGCGGUUUCGAGGAGCAGAGUCUGCUGAAGCACUGAUACAUCUUCAAGCUAGGAAGUUGCUUGAAGUAAGUGGUGAUUACUGUCGGAAAAUAACGGAUGCAUCUCUGUCUGUGAUUGUGGCUCGGCAUGAGUUGCUUGAAAGCCUUCAACUUGGCCCUGACUUCUGUGAGAGGAUCAGCAGUGAUGCUAUAAAAGCCAUAGCUUUCUGCUGUUCUAAACUGAAGAAACUUCGGCUUUCAGGAAUUAGGGAUGUUUCUGCCGAUGCCAUCAAUGCGUUGGCCAAGCAUUGUCCACAUUUGAUUGAUAUCGGGUUCUUAGACUGUCUAAAUGUUGAUGAGGUAGCACUGGGAAAUGUGGCAUCUGUUCAUUUCCUCUCAGUUGCAGGGACUUCAAAUAUGAAAUGGGGUGUAAUUUCACAACUGUGGCAUAAGCUGCCUAAGCUGAUUGGCUUGGAUGUUUCAAGAACUGAUAUUGGUCCCACUGCGGUUUCUAGAUUGCUAAAAUCGUCUCAUAGCUUGAAGGUUUUGUGUGCAUUGAACUGUUCAGUUUUGGAAGAAGACACCACCUUCAAUGCGAACAUAUACAAAGGGAAGUUAUUAAUUACCCUUUCCACUGAUAUUUCGAAAGAAAUAGCUUCCUUAUUUGCCGAUGCUACAAAUUCCAAGGAUGGAAAAAAUGUGUUUUUGGAUUGGAGAAAUUCAAAGACAAAGGACAAAUACUUGGAUGAAAUUAUGACUUGGCUUGAAUGGAUCCUAUCGCAUACACUUUUGCGUACAGCUGAGAGCAAUCCACAAGGCCUGGAUGAUUUCUGGCUAAAACAAGGUGCAGCAAUAUUACUCAGUUUAAUGCGAAGCUCGCAGGAAGAUGUUCAAGAAAGGGCGUCUACAGGACUUGCAACUUUUGUGGUAAUUGAUGAUGAAAAUGCUAGCAUAGAUUGUGGAAGGGCGGAAGCAGUUAUGCGGGAUGGUGGUAUUCGCCUCCUUCUAGACUUUGCCAAGUCUUGGAGGGAAGGUCUUCAGUCGGAGGCUGCAAAGGCUAUAGCAAACUUGUCCGUAAAUGCAAAUGUUGCAAAGGCUGUUGCAGAGGAAGGAGGAAUUGAUAUUCUUGCUGGGUUGGCGAGGUCCUUGAACAGGCUGGUGGCUGAAGAGGCUGCUGGAGGACUUUGGAAUCUUUCAGUUGGAGAAGAGCACAAGGGUGCCAUUGCAGAGGCUGGUGGAGUAAAAGCUUUAGUUGAUCUUAUAUUCAAGUGGUCCUCUAGUGGCGAUGGAGUUCUGGAACGUGCUGCUGGUGCUUUGGCAAAUUUAGCAGCUGAUGACAAGUGUAGCAUGGAAGUUGCACUGGCAGGUGGUGUACAUGCUUUAGUGAUGCUUGCCCGCAACUGCAAGUUUGAGGGAGUGCAAGAGCAGGCUGCUCGUGCCUUAGCUAACUUGGCUGCUCAUGGAGAUAGCAAUACGAACAAUGCUGCUGUUGGACAAGAGGUUGGGGCUCUUGAAGCACUUGUUCAACUUACACGUUCACCACAUGAAGGUGUCAGGCAGGAAGCAGCUGGGGCUUUGUGGAAUUUGUCAUUUGAUGACAGGAAUCGAGAAGCAAUAGCAGCAGCUGGUGGCGUUGACGCUUUGGUUGCUCUUGCACAAUCCUGUUCAAAUGCCUCCCCAGGUCUUCAAGAAAGGGCUGCUGGAGCUCUCUGGGGAUUGUCGGUGUCAGAGGCGAAUAGCAUUGCCAUUGGACGAGAAGGAGGUGUUGCCCCGCUGAUUGCUUUGGCACGAUCUGAGGCUGAGGAUGUCCAUGAAACUGCUGCAGGGGCUCUCUGGAAUCUUGCUUUCAACGCUGGUAAUGCUCUCCGAAUAGUGGAGGAAGGUGGAGUUCCUGCACUAGUUCAUCUAUGUUCUUCAUCUGUAUCAAAGAUGGCUCGCUUUAUGGCUGCAUUGGCAUUGGCUUACAUGUUCGAUGGGAGAAUGGACGAAUUUGCAUUGGUAGGAACUUCCACUGAAAGCACUUCGAAAAAUGUUAGCUUAGAUGGGGCUAGAAGGAUGGCUUUGAAGCACAUUGAAGCUUUUGUCCAUACAUAUUCCGAUCAACAAACAUUUGCUGUUGCUGCUGCAUCAUCAGCUCCAGCUGCACUGGCACAAGUUACAGAGAAGGCCCGUAUUCAAGAAGCAGGACAUCUGCGAUGCAGUGGAGCUGAAAUUGGAAGAUUUGUUGCCAUGCUGCGAAAUUCUUCUUCUAUACUAAAAGCUUGCGCCGCAUUUGCCCUUCUCCAGUUUACAAUUCCCGGAGGGCGACAUGCUAUGCAUCAUGCAAGUCUUAUGCAGAACGCUGGAGCUGCACGAGUUGUGCGCGCUGCAGCUGCAGCAGCAACCGCGCCACUAGAAGCCAAGAUUUUUGCAAGAAUAGUACUUCGUAAUCUCGAGCACCACCAGUUAGAACCUUCAAUGUGAAGACAGCCAUAGCUUAGGGUCAUUAAUGGAUGCAUCUUCACAUAUUAAGCAUACAGCUUCCUUUCUUAGUGAAGGCUUUAUAAUUUCAAUAUAGUAGAGCAAUGUGGUUAAAGGAGCCUUUUGCAACUUUCUUUUCAAUUUCACCCUCGGUUUCCUAGUUAGGUAUUUAGAGGUGGUUUAUUUAGUUUUGUGAGUGAGAUUUUUUUCUUUCUUUUGUAGCAGUCCCUUAUAUUCAUAUAUAUGAGGAGUAUUUUUUGUUGGGGAUUGAUAUAUAAACAAGUAAAUAGCCAUUCGUUGUUUCUAUCUGUAUUCAUUGUGACAUAUCAUUCAUAUAAAUGGUAUUUGAGCUAUUAGACA